AUGAACAAUCCAUUCGCUAACAGGAAAGCUUUGGUCAUGUGCAUGGAAAUAGGUGUUAUUUCACCCUAUUAUGAAGUAAAACAUUUAAUUGGCAAUACCAUUGUCAAGAAGAUGAGCUCCUUUUAUGGAAUGAAUUUGAAAACUCAAUUCAGAUAUUAUAAUACGAGUGAGAAGGGGUUUUUCCAGACCAUGAAAGAUGCUGUCGAUGCAGGUGAAUGUGAUGUCAUAGCCUCCAAUGCCACUCCUACCGAUGAGAGAAGUGCUGUUGCACAUUUUCAAUGCAAUUAUGGAAUGGCUUCACAAGCAAUUCUUCGAACCGAAAGAGACAGUCACUUCAUUCUUCAAACUUUGCAAGAUUUGAAUCAAUCCAACAUUAUUGUUGGAGCACAUAAUGGAACCACUUAUGAGAAAACAGUGAAAACUCAACUCUCUGCUGCACAAUUCUUUCCACUCGGAGAAGGAGAUUCACAAUAUCAAGCCAUUUUGAACAAUCAAGUGCUUGCAGUGAUUGGAGAUGGUCUCACUUUUCGAGUGUGGCAAAAACAAAAUGAACAGACCUGCAGGAACUGA